AUGCCCAACCCAAUUCCACCACUGAUCACACUUGAGGAGCACUUUGUCUCGCAGGAUAAUUUCAAUGCUCUUUCUGAGCUGUACGCCGAACAGCUCAAGCACCUGCCCGAGGUUGCUGAUCAACUGUUAGAUGUCAGCCGGCUUCGACUGGCCAGCAUGGACAAAAAUGGCAUUUCCUUCCAGGUCAUAUCGCAUGCGCCAGGUCUAGGGCCGAAGCCGGCAAGAUACAGCUCCUUGGCCAACGACGAGCUCGCUAGGGUAGUAAAAGCACGUCCGGACCGGUUCGCCGCAUUUGCCGUGCUUGCCAUGGCGGAGCCCCAGGCGGCCGCUGCAGAGCUUCGGAGAUGCGUCGGAAUGGGAUUCGUUGGCGCUCUUGUGGACGCCCAUGUCGACGGCGUUCACUAUGAUGACAGAAGGUUCUGGCCGGUGUUCGAAGCCGCAGCCGACCUUGAUGUACCGAUUUAUCUUCAUCCGACAUAUCCAACUCCGUUACAGUCGUCUGUUUACGAGGGUCAAUACGAGCAAGGUGCGGCGCGAAGCCUUGGCAGCAGUGGCUUCGGCUGGCAUCAGGAAACAGGGUUAGCAGUGCUGAAGGUAUUUGCUGCCGGACUUUUUGACGAGCUCCCGUCCCUCAAAAUCAUCAUCGGUCAUUUCGGAGAGAUGCUGCCAUUUAUGAUCGAGCGGAUAGCCAAGCUCUCGGUUCGAUGGGGGACUCGGCUGCGACCAUGGCGACAAGUAUGGAGGGAAAACGUGUGGAUUACUACUAGCGGAGUGUGGGAGCUAGCACCUAUGGCCUGCAUCCUCAGAAACACAUCCUUGAGUCACAUUCUCUAUAGCGUUGACUACCCGUUCGAGAAGAAUGAGACCGGCUUGGCCUGGAUGAGAGAACUCCAGGCAAGUGGGCUAGUUACCCCGGAUGAGCUCGAGAUGAUCGCGCACCGAAAUGCCGAGCAGCUCUUAAAGCUGAGUAUCCCGACACAUGAAGCUAUGGUUUGA